GAGCUCGGGAAGCAAGUGACAGCUGACUGUCUGUUGUGACUGCUGUGCAGCGCAUGGGUACUGAAAUGAGAGUCACGGUGUAUCUUUUACCUGAAGUUUCAAUUACCUUCAGCGCCUUGGCGUGAGAGCGAGACUUGACAACGCGCGGAUCGUGACGGUUGGUCUGCGGCAAGGCAAAGCCAUGAAGUGUGCAGAGUUGCCAAAAGUAGCUCGACAUCAUCCAUGCACCAGUAUACAAUGCAUCUGCGAGGCUUACAUCAUCUUAAAACUUGUGCCAGCUCCCAAAAUGCACACCAAUGCCGAAGCCAGCGUGCUCAGAUUCUGCGGCCACCGCAAGCGUGCCCAUUCCGAGGCUUGCUUGAUUCCACAUCGGUUCGCGACAUGCCAUUCGCGCCGAUGAAUGGCGGUGUGCCUUACCGACUUCUGCUCGGCUUGCGCGCGCCAGAGAGCCCUGGACAAUGGCUGGACGCGAUAAGUGACGAUGAUGCUAUUGUUUAUGACCAGCUAGAACAGCGCAAGAAGCACUUGCGUGAAAGGCGCCAUGCCGUGCUCCAGCUGCUGGACGAGCCGGCGGCGCACGCCGCCGCCUGGGAGCUCCUGCACCAGCUUAUGGCGGAGCUGCCUGCGCACCACCCACACCGCUACCAGGUGCAGGGGCCCGUGAUCCACAACCUGCUCACAGGUGACGUGUUUGACACCUCCGCGCCCGGCACUGACCCGUUGGAGGUGGCGGGGCAGCUGGUACAGGAGGACCUGGUGCUGCUGACUCGGGGCGGCGGCGACUCCCACUACCGGGUGCUGGGCGGGGUGGUGUGCUUCCCCGCGCACUGGAGUGUGCUGGAGAAGCUGGGGCAGCAGCUGCCGGACGUGCACGACCCCGUGCCGCGAUGGAGGACGGACGCCGCCCGCCCAGCGCUCAACUUCCUUUCCCGGCUGUCGCCCGACUCGCCACCGCUUAUCCGCUGGAACUGGACCCUCAUGCCCACACCGGAGCUGCACCUCUCCAACUUCUACGACGCACCGCCGGGGCCGCACACCGCGCCGCCGGACGACGUGAGCGGCAUCGAGCACCUGCACCUGAGGCUGGAGCGGCAGUUCUUCCACAGGCUGCCGCAGUCGCAGUGUGUGGUGUUCACCAUCCGCACCUACCAGCGCCCACUGCACCAGGCGGUGGCGGGCCGGCCGGUCAUGGCGGGCGCACUGGCGGGCGCACUGCGCGACCUGCCGUACGAGCACCUGCAGUACAAGGUCAAUCUGCAGCACCGCAUGCCGGCGCUGCUGGAGCUGCUGGACGGCGUGGCGGCGGCGGCGGGCGGUGCCCCGGGGGAUCUCGAUGGUGGCGGUGGCGGCGGCGGCGGCGGUGGCGAGACGCCAGCAGCGGCGGCGCAGCAGGAGGCUGGCGAGUCGGGGCCAGCGGUGAUGGCUGUCGCUGGGACUUGAGCAGACGCUUGAUUGGGCCACGCAACAACGGAGCUGCUGGGGAAAAGGAGGUGUUGACUGUUGAGGUCAGUGAACCAGUGUGCGGUGUAAGCGGCGGCGGGGCAUGACCGCAUGAUGGUCAGUUGAUCACCCAUAGGCGUCAAGGUGGGCCCUUCAUGGUAGCUUGCACAGUAUUCUGGGGCUGUAGGAUGGACCUGAAUGGAAGGGUUGGAGAGCAGCAACAGAUCAUGGACAACUUGGAUGUUUCGGGCCGGUCGGGCAUGCCCAUUGGAAAGUUGAACCCUGAUCAGGGGGGGGGGGGGGUAGGAACAAACUUUUUUGAC